CCUGCCACUUUAAGAGGGGCUCGUUCAAGGAAUGCCUAGUGCCGCGUGACUCAGCAGUUUCGCCGCCGCGACGGACUGAGCCGCUUUGUUCCGACUCCAGAAGGAAUCGUCCGCCUCGCUUCCGCUGCGCUUGGAACGGUUGCGGCUUCGACAUGCCUGGCAAAUGCACCAUCACCUACUUUCCCGUUCGCGGGCGUGGCGAGGCCAUGCGCUUGCUGCUGGCUGAUCAAGGGCAGGAGUGGACGGAGGAUGUGAUGACAGGAGAGAUCUGGCAGAAGGGAGAUCUCAAGAAAUCAUGUGUCUUCGGCCAACUGCCCCGGUUUCAGGAUGGAGACUUUGUACUGUUCCAGUCAAAUGCUAUCCUGCGCUACCUGGCGAGGAAACACGGACUCUAUGGCCAAAAUCCACAGGAAGCAGCUCUGCUGGACAUGGUGAAUGAUGGAGUGGAGGACCUGCGUGUGAAAUACGCCCGCUUAAUUUACCAUAACUAUGAGGCAGGCAAAGCCGCCUAUAUUGAAGCCCUGCCAGGGGAGCUGCGUCCUUUUGAGAAUCUUCUGGCUCAAAAUGAUGGAGGAAAAGCCUUUAUUGUAGGCAAACAGAUCUCCUUUGCAGACUAUAACCUGCUCGACAUUCUACACAUACAUCUGGUCCUGGCACCUGACUGCCUGGCUUCCUUCCCCCUGCUGGCUGGCUAUGUGCAGCGGCUCAAUGCCCAGCCACUCCUCAAGGCUUACCUGGAGUCGGAUGCCCGUAAGCAGCGUCCCAUCAAUGGGAAUGGCAAGCAGUGAGACUGAUUCCUGCACCUACCUGAAUUCAGUUUCUUGGUAGCAGCUGAGUCUUUGAAGUUUGGUAGAUUCUGAUACUAAUAAAACCAGUUUCUAGAAGA